AUGAAGUGUGCUUGGAUUGCUACGUUACUGGUGUUCGUUUUGUCAGAUAAUGUGACAGGACAGAUCACGUUUGACUGCCCCUCCCCUCAGACCGGCCUGGCGAACAACCCUUUCCUCAUCUACUGUGUGGUGACGUCAGAGGGCGGGGAGGUUCCCGCCACAAGCUGGCUCUUCAACAACGUCAUCGUCCCAAACCAAGGAGAGCGCACGACCAGUACGAUGAACGGGCUGAUCCUCCAGAACCUGGUGCUGAGUGACGCGGGAGACUGGGUCUGUACCGGGGAGCUGUCCAACGGCUUCACGGACACCGUCACUGUACGGGUCAUCGUGGACGACAUUCCUGGGCCGCCCCUGAACUUGGCCUUGGAAACCCCGACAAGUUCAAGUGUACUGGUGACGUUUGACCGCCCGGAAGGGUCCGAGGCGUUGAUCCUGACACAGUGGAUCAUCGAAUAUCGUGCUUCAAGAGACACCGUUUGGACUACGGUCAUAGAGACUGACACGGACCUGACAGAGUUCUCCGUGGCUGGGUUGUUGCUUGAGGAGACCUACAGGUUCCGUGUGGCGGCGGAGACUGGGGCGGGCAGGGGCGACUACUCUCAGGAGGAGUCCCUUACCAUCACGGAAGUCACCACUUCAGCAACAACAACUACCGAAAAUGCGCCACAACAGACAACAACACAGUCAACGACGAUAGCUGCCUCCCUCAGCAACAACACCGAAACUUCCCCGACCAUCGGACAACAGUCAGGCGACCCUGAACCAACCCUCAACAGCGUCCUUACGAUUGUUCUGGCCCUAUUGGCAGCCCUGAUUGUGCUAGCGUUAGUCGGGGUGGGAGUGUACGUUUGGUGUAAGAGGUCACGGAGGAGGGUGGUCUGUCAGACACAGAAUACAGCCAAGACACCUCCUGCCUGAAUAGUUUCUGAAGCAUCCCCAGUAUAUAGGACUUACUAUAUACAUGUACAUGGUUUGAGAGUGUGUUGAAUUAUAUCACUUUGUCCCUUCAUUUUGAGAGUUUGUUUACGUUAUAUUUUGUUGUGUUGUGUUAUGUUGUGUUACUUAUGGACUCAUUUUGUGUUUCUGUUGUUCAAUGUUUAACGUUUUGUAAUCAGUAUAUGUCUUUUGGACAUUUAUUUAAACAGAUUUGUCUUUCGUUUUGUCUUGAUUCUAAAGUAAAGAAACUGCUACAAGACACGAUAUUGUCUCGAAGACAGAUCUAUUUUUCGCAUGCAUUAUCAAUGAUUUUCUGAUUAUUUGUUGUUUUUUAAGGUUUUCAGUUUUAUUACUGUGU